UUUCAUCCGUCUUUUUUGUAUUGAUGACUGAUUUCUUGUUGUUAAAUAUGUGUUAAAACUUGUGAUUGGCUUGUAAAGAAUAACGACUUACUUGCAUGAAAUGAGUCAAGAGUUCUGCAGUAGUUGAAUAAAAGAGAGAUACGUAUGCCAUGACAACUAGGAAAGAGUGCUGUUUUCCUCGGAACAAAAGAUUAGAAGCUUGGAAUCAUGUGGAGAACAUUAAAUGCAAGAGAGUGAGAAUAGGUCUUAGGGUUCCACACUUCCUAAUUGUUUUAGUUUCAAUCUCUCUCGAAACGGGUUUCCUGUUUAAUAAAUUCUUAACCCUUUGCUUCAUGUCGGAUCUCAUUAAUUGGGUCACAUUAAUUUCCUGGUGUGAGUCGUGUUAUCAUAUAUGCUUAAUUGUAUUAAUAUAAUGUAUACAUGUGAUGCAGGAUAUUUAAAAUUAAUUGAAAUAUAUUACAGUACUGGUUGUGACGUGUUAAUACUGGAUGGUUCGCAGUCAUGCAAUGUUGUACAUGCAUGAAUUAUUAUUCCUUUUUUCGUUUAAGUAUUUCAGGAACUGAGAUUUGAAUUUGAUAGCAUAAAACAGAGGUGUGACUCCUAACCUUUGAUUCAAGCACUUCUCUGCCUUAUUUCACCUGUUCCUCUGUUAUCUUCUCAAAUUUUAUAGUUGAUUAACUGUCUGCAUGUGUAGGUGUGAUUAUAAUAAACUGGUACAGACAAUUUCUCAAAAAUAUCAAAGUAUUGCUUUUGGCUCACAGCAAUGUCUCUUCUAUGCAUGUCUUUGCAGCUAGGAUAGCUAUAUCUAUAGAGCAAUAGACUUGUUUCUUUGAUUUCCAUAUAUGUGUGGAUUUGUAUGACUGGUAGAUGAUUGAGAACGUAGAAGUAUUAAAAACCAAGUUAUACAAGAGUAAAGAGAAAAAAUUAAAGUAUUAAGGACCUGCAUGUGUAUACUGGAAGCUUUACAUAAUACAACACAAUCAUAAUGUCUGUCAAAAUGUAUAUGUUUUUUUUUGUUUUUUUUUUUUUGUAAAUGGUCAAAAUGUAUAUGUUUAAUUCAAAGUUAUACAUGAUAUCCUCUUGAAUUAAGGGUUAAGAUCUAUAUACAAAAAGCUGUAGAUGAUACAUGUAAAAUCAUAAUGUUUGUCAAAAAUUUUAUGUUUAAUUUAGAUGUCAUAUAUGAGAUCCUUAAAACCAAGGUUUAAGAAAUUGAUAUCAAAGAAUUGUUGUUGGUCAAGACUAAUUAUAGGACCACAUGAAAAUUAGAAACAGGGCCAUAUAUAAUUAGUAUACACUUCCUAGAUGUAUCAAAGUUAAAAUUUGGUUGUUGGGGUGUGUGAGAUAGAGUGAGAGAGAGAUUAAUGUCACAAAUGUAAUGUUUCUCCAUGUGAAUGUCCGCCCAACAAACAUUCACGUUGAGUCGACCAUCUCUCUCGGUGUCUUGGUCCGGGCUAGGGUUUCACAUCACUUUCAUUUGUGUGCAUUACUUUACCCUAAUCACCCUCUCUCUCUCUCUCCCAUUAAUGGCUUCCACAUUAUCUAGGGUUUAAUAUUCAUUUGUGUGCAAUUUCAAUAAUCACUUUCUUUUUUCUUCUCUUUCCCUACUCGUUUUGCUCAUACCAAGACAUGAAAAUGCAAAAGAAGUAGAAUGGAAAUAGAAGGGUCAAAUUAGAACGUGAAAUCCACACAACUGCAUGGCAUUUCCAACCUAUUGCUGUUUCAUACCCUUCACCGCGCCUAGGCGGUGGUCAACCAGAGAAGGAUCUAUUCUGCAAUGCUGCAGAGAGAGAAAUUUGGGUUGUUCUUAGGGUGAAAUGGGAGGAACUUCACCAUGUGCUUCGUGCAAGUUGUUGAGGCGCCGCUGCGCCAAGGACUGCAUCUUUGCCCCUUACUUUCCUUCCGAUGACCCUCAUAAGUUUGCAAUUGUUCACAAGGUCUUUGGUGCUAGCAAUGUCAGCAAAAUGUUGCAGGAGCUUCCGCUUCAUCAGAGAGGAGAUGCUGUGAGCAGCUUGGUGUAUGAAGCAAAUGCAAGAGUGAGAGACCCGGUUUACGGCUGUGUUGGUGCUAUAUCUUUCCUGCAGAAUCAAGUUUCGAAUCUGCAAAUGCAGCUCGCGGUGGCUCAGGCUGAAAUACUCUGCAUCCAGAUGCAACAAGAGCCAGUUGUAGCGACCUUACCCGCAUCGCAGAUGCUAGAUCAUCACCAAUAUCAAGAUCACGAUCAGAAAUCCCUUCUCUUGUCCAAUAGUCACGACUUCAACAACAUUCCACAGUACCUCAGCAGCUUUGCUUCUUCCAGCAAUGUAAUCCAAGACCCUCUUAAGAGAGAGUCUCUAUGGACUUGAACAUUUUGCUUAUGAUUUCGAAUCGAUCGAGCUUUGUCAAUCCAUCAUCGUUAAUUUCAAUACUAGUUUCUUUU